AGUGAGCGAAUUGGGUAGAGAGAGAGAAUAGUGGUGAAGAGAAGGGGAGCAGAGCAUUGGGUGUGGGUGGAAGAAGGAGCCACAUUUUGGUAUCAGCCUCCAUCGUCAGCACCAUCAUCAUCACCAUCAGUAGUAGCUCAGAAUCAGACUCACAGAGGAGAGAGAUACAGAUACAGAUAGAGAUAGAGAGAGAGAGGACAAAACCGAUUCUGGUGAUGCUCGGCGUAUUCUGCGCCCGUCCAAGGCCUUGUUUCCUCGUUUCUCACUACGCCCACGGCCUCGCCGCCUCCUUUGAUCGACUCCUCCGCACCUCCUCCCUCCACCACUCGCCGCCGCCGCCGCCGCCGCUUCUUCGAGAUCCCACCUACCGCGCCCCCUUUCAAUGUCCUCCCCAGGGCACUGGAGCCGCUUCUAUUUGGAACUCCCUCCUGCCUUCCUACUGGCGUCGCCGCCGCGCCGCUCUCCUCAGCCGACACGACCACGACGCCGUCAAUCCGGGGGAAGGCUCCUGGAACGUUGCGUGGGACGCUAGACCGGCGCGGUGGCUUCACCAUCCGGAUUCGGCUUGGCUCCUCUUCGGCGCCAGCGCGAGCAUGGCCGCCGCGCACGUGGUGGAGUCCGAACCGACUUCCGAGGUCUCCGUGCCGGCGGAGGAGCUUAUUGCAGAGAAGCCUUGUAAAUAUCGGGUGAUUGGGGUUUUAGCAGAUGGAAGGUGUUUGUUCAGAGCAAUAGCGCGCAAUGCCUGCUUGAGAAAUGGUGGAGAAGCUCCAGACGAGAAUCGUGAGACAGAGCUUGCUGAUGAAUUAAGAGCUCAAGUGGUCGAAGAGCUGUUGAAGAGGCGAGAAGAAGUAGAGUGGUUUCUUGAUGAAGAUUUCGAUAAGUAUGUGAAGGGAAUUGAGCAGCCCUUUGCCUGGGGUGGAGAACCUGAGUUGUUGAUGGCUUCACAUGUUCUUAGGACUUCCAUAUCCGUGUACAUGAAAGAGGAGGGCACUGAGAAUUUCAUAAAAAUCGCGGAUUAUGGUAAGGAGUAUGAGAAAGACGAGGAGGACAGUCCCAUCAACGUUGUUUUUCAUGGAUAUGGUCAUUACGACAUUUUGGAAACAAUGCUGGAGUCCAGGUAGAUUCAAGAUUGAAAAACUCGGACCGUUAGGCAAUUAUUUUACCCGAAUAAGAAGUAACUGAAAUGCACUCAGUUGAAGCAAUUUUUUUUCGACUUCAUCUUUCUCUAAUACUUGAAAUUUCUGUCGAAUGCGAUGAAAUAUAUAUGUUCGCCGUUUUGUCUUCUAUAUCAAGAUAGAUGCCUAAGAGAUGUGCGCCGCAUAAUUUGUUAAUCUUUAUAAAAUGUAUAGUUUCUCGUA